UACGAAUUGAUUAUGGGUUUGGUUUACAGUGUUUGGUCUGAUAAAAAUACUAAAACUCUGCGUUUUAAGCGUCUCAAGCUUAGGGCUUCCGUGUUCUUUCUUCCAGAACUCAACCUUGCCGUCUCCGAUUUUCAGAGCCUUGUCACUUCGCCUCCCAUUUGUUAUCUCUUCAACUUCCCUGUGGUUCAAUGUAUCUGUUUUAAUUCUGCCAUAAUUUUUAUUCACAUUGGAUCGAGAUUCCAUGUCGACGUCUCCGUUUCCUUCGUCUCAAAUCUAUAAAUAUGAGCGAAUUGAGAGUAGGACGGAUACAGUAAUGCUCCGGAUGAACAACAACUUCUACUUUGUUCUUCUCAAGAUAAUGGUGCGGACAGAUGAAUCUUUGAGGAGCGAACUUGAGAGAUUACGGCUUGCAGUUGAGAGACUCAAGGGUAAGGAGCUUGAAGGUAUGAGUUUUUGGGAACUUAUUUCUCUUGAAAAGCGGUUGAAUGAUAGCUUGCAUAGCGUCAAAAAGGUAGGAAGAUCCCGGUUAUAGGUUAAGAGCAAGGCUCCUCAAAUUUUAUCAUCAUCAGCUCUUACUCUAAGUUACCUUUCACGAUCUAAGACACCACCGCUGAAAAGAGGACACAAUAGAGAGGCUGAUGACUCGACGGAUUGAUCAGCAUUGUCGUCUGCUGUGACGGAGGAGUGAUUCGAUGAGGAUAAUUGGGCUUCUGUGGUGGAUAAUGAAGCUGGGUAGAGUCUGAGAACGAGAAUGGCGGAAAAUAAGAAUAUAGGAGGGAGAAGAGAAAGGAGGCUGCAUUGAAGAAAGCUAUACAUUGGUGAUGAGAGAUGAUGAGGAUGAGAGUGAUGAUGAGGAUUAGGUUUUAGUUCCAUUUUUUCUGCAAUGUGAAUACUGAAAGUCUUAGAAUCAAAAUGAUGAAAAUUCAGGAAUAAAUUUAAUCGCUAAACCCAACUCUUUUUGGUUGUUGCUCUGAAAAUUACAUCAUUGUUCAUCAAUGCAUUUUUGAUUUCGGUUUUAAUUCAUUGUAUAAUUAUACUUUUUAGUUAACACAUUUUCAUAGUUGUGAAA